UGCUAGCUUGACAACUUCCUAUCCAUUUAUCGUGAGCUGAAAUCAACUCAAACAAUACAACGUAGCUGCUGUACAAGCCAUUAAUAAACAGUCAUAACUCACCGCGGAAGCGGUUUACUCUCCGUGUCUGUAAUCCCCAAACACAGACGGACACAGAGGUCAACACACGAGACACGACAACAUGCAGACCAAGGAGGCUGAUGUUUAGUAACAGGCAAGCAUUCUUCUUCUACUUUCAAUUAUGGCAGAAGAAAACAGCUGCAGUCCGCCACCUGGUGGAGUAAUCAGUAACAGUUUGUUUUAGAGGCAAUAUUCACCUGAGCAUCAGAAAGACCUGAGUUUAAAUCAUUUAAUGUAUCCAGGGAACAAAGGAUGGAAGGUAAUGAACAAAUAUUUCUGAGGCUCAUCAUACAUCGAGCGUUAGUAGCGUUGACCUUUUACUUUGAAGUCAAGAAACAACGUUCUGCCGGAAGUAAGUGCGAGUGCGGAAGCGCAGACAACCCUUGAGCACAGCUGACUUUGUGCUAAGUGAAGUCCAGGUUUAUAUAUAUAUAUAUAUUAACUGUCGUUUAGUUGAAGAUGUGACAGUUGAAUACUGUUGGUUAAAUAAACUGAAAUAUUGUGAAGGAAAAUGUCCUGAUGGAGAACAUCCGAACACGUCUUAAGUUUGGAAAUAAAGUCGAAGAUGUGAAACUGAGGAAAAGAAAAUCCCAACUGUACUCAAAGGAAGAUGAGAGUCCUCUUAAUUACGGUGAGCUGAGAACCAGAGUGGUCGUGUUUUCUGUGGCAUUCAGACUCAUCAACUGCUUCCUGGUUCAGACCAGCUUCGUCCCCGAUGAGUACUGGCAGUCUCUGGAGGUUUCCCAUCGUAUGGUCUUCAAUUAUGGGUAUGUGACCUGGGAAUGGAAGGAAGGAAUAAGAGGAUUCACCUAUCCACUCUUCUUUGCAUUCAUAUACAAGAUAUUAUACUUCAUAAACUACGACUCAGUCUAUCUCCUGAUAUGGCUUCCACGAAUAAGUCAAGCACUAUUCGCUGCGUUUGCAGAUGUAAAAUUCUUCUUCCUCAUCCGAACUUUGGAAAGUUGUGACGUAGCAAAAUGGACGUUCUUUUGCCAUAUGUGCUCGUGGUUCUCGUGGUACUGCUGCACCAGGACUCUGACCAACAGCAUGGAGACCACCAUCACCUGUCUCGCUCUUUCUUACUUUCCACUGCCGGGAUCCAAAACACACAGCAGCAAAAUAUAUUUGACCCUGGUCGCCUUGGCAGUCAUCGUUCGACCAACGGCCCUGAUUGUGUGGUUUCCUCUGGUGAUGUACCAUUUCUGGCUGGAAGACAACAAACUGAGGCUCAUCACUCAUAACUUAAUUCCUAUCGGAGCUUUGGCUGUUGUGAUUUCAACAGUAAUCGACUGUAUAUUUUAUGAAAAGUGGACCAUGGUGCAGUUCAGCUUCCUGAAGUUUAACGUCUUACAUAGUGUAGCAGAUUUCUACGGCUCUCAUCCCUGGCACUGGUACUUCACUCAGGGGUUUGGAGUCGUGAUUGGCCCUCAUCUUCCGCUCUUCCUUCACGGCUGCAGCAUCGCCUUCAAAAAAUACAAAGUUCUGUUGGCAGCGGUCGUCUGGACAGUCGUGGUUUACAGUUUGCUUCCUCACAAAGAGUUCAGAUUCAUCUAUCCGGUGCUGCCUUUCUGUAUGAUCUUCUGUGGGAUAUCUUUGGCUAAUUUGAAAGCGUGGCGACGAUCUGCUGCAUCCAUCCUGUUAGUGAGCAACCUGGCUGCAGCUCUGUACACCGGCCUGAUCCACCAGAGAGGCACUCUGGACGUCAUGAGCCACCUCCAGACCCUGUGUGACGUCAGCAGCACCUCCGCCCCUCCGCAGACAGACGUCCUCUUCCUCAUGCCGUGUCACUCAACUCCUUAUUAUAGCCACAUCCACUGCCCGAUGAAGAUGAGGUUUCUCGAGUGUCCUCCAGAUCUCGGAGACGAGGGUUACGUCGAUGAAGCCGACGGGUUCUACGACGAUCCUCUUCACUGGCUCAGAACUUCAUUCCCGUACAAAUCUUCUCUACCGACCCAUCUGGUUUUGUUUGACGUUUUGGAGAAGGUAAGAUAUAUUCACAAAUUAUAUUUCUUCAUGUAUUUGUCAAAAUGUACGUGUGACAUGUACAUAUGUGUUUUUUUUGUUGUUGUAGGAAAUCUCUGUGUUUUUGGAAGGGAACAGGUUUGUGAGGACAGCAGAGAUAUUUCAUACUCACUUUCCAGAGGGACGAGUUGGAGGAAGCAUCUUUAUUUAUGAAAGGCACUGACAAACACGGGAACAAUGUCACAUGAUAUGGAUUUACUACUGAAAUAAACUAGUUAUUUUGAAAUACCAA